AUGAAGAUUACCCUGAGUUUAAAUCUUGACACUUUGUCGAUGAACUACGCCUCUGCAACUUUCUGUGUGGCCAUAAGCAACACGGGCCCAGCCAUUACCUUCAUCAUGGCUGUUCUUUUAAGGAUGGAAAGCAUUUCCAUGAAGAGAUGGCCAGGAAUAGCAAAGGUGGUGGGUUCGGCAGUGAGUAUUUUGGGAGCUACGCUGUUUAUUCUAGUAAAAGGACCACCUAUAUACCAUACUAGCCACAAGGAAAGUUCAGUCUUAAUUACUGAGAGCAGCUCCAAAGGGGACUGGCUCAAAGGCUCACUUACCGCCUUUUCAUCCAACGUAACUUGGGCCGCAUGGACCAUUAUGCAGGAGCCUAUAUUGAAGGAAUAUCCGGCAAAAAUGCGACUCACGGCCCUGCAAACCUUCUUCAGUUGCAUCCAGACAGCACUUUGGGCAGUCGCUGGUGCGUUGUACGCUGGAUUAACAUAUUGGUUGAGGAUUUGGGUAAUAGACAAAAAGGGCCCUGUUUUUUCUGGCCAUUUUCACCCCAUUAGGGCUCGUCUUUACGGCCUUCUUUUCUGCAAUCUUGUGAAGGAAUCCCUUCACUGGGGAAGUAAGGCUCAUUUUCUUUUAAAUUCUGAACAAUGUGGCAGUGCUUGUGGUGCUGUGGUGUUGGUAGGUGGCCUCUACGGCUACUUGUGGGGAAAAAUGAACAAGAUAAAGCCAAAAAUCUUGAGCAACAAAAGCCGGCUGCUCCCCAGGAAACUGCAUGAGACAGUGGGUUGCACAUCAGCGACUCGUUGA